UCCGAUGUACGUACUCGAUCGAGCUCAUUUUAGUUUCACUUCUUGAUUCGGAUAGCGGGGUUAUUUAAUUUGGAAUUUCUUACGCUGCGCAAAAUGGAUGCAAUUUAUAAAAGGAUUGGUGUUGACAGUGAACCUCAACAAAUUGGAGAAGGCGAGAGCGAAAUUAGAAAGUUUUAUACCGGAAAAACUGUACUAAUUACUGGUGCAACAGGAACUUUGGGAAAACUGGUGGUAGAGAAAUUACUGCGGGAGUGUUCAGAUUUGAAGAAAAUUUUUGUAUUGUGCAGAGUCAAGGAGGAUUUAUCUCUAAAUGAGAGGAGAGAUGCACUGUUGCAGAGUAUUGUAUUUGACAAGGUCAGAAGUCAAACUCCUGAUUUCGACAAAAAGGUAGUUGCUAUCGAAGGAGACGUAAGACAACAGAAUUUAGGAUUAUCAGAUGUUGAUAGAUCAACUAUCCUUGAGGAAACACAAAUAUGCUUCCACUGUGCAUCAACCGAGAAACAUGAAAAUGAUGUUAGCAUCACCCUCAGACUUAAUGUUUUGGGAACUAAACAUAUAUUGGAUUUAUCAAAGAACUGCAAAAAAUUGGAAGCCUUCAUGUAUGUAUCAACAGUUUUCGCCCAUGCUCCUGAAAAAGACAUCAAGGAGGAGUUCUAUCGUCCUCCAGGUGACUUGAAGUUUGUUGCGGACUUGUUACAAGCCGAAGAAGAAACCGGUGGCUUGACAAAAGAUGCGAUUGCUACCGCGAUAGGAGAAUGGCCUGAUCUUCAUGUUUUCUCCAGAUCCACCGCUGAAGACUUGGUCAGGGAUUGUGGAAAAAGAGUGAACUUUUCUUGCGGAGUUUUCAGGCCUAGCAUUAUGAUUUCAACUUUCAAGGAACCAAUUGAAGGCUGGUGUGAAAAUAUUGAUGCACCUUCAUAUAUUUGUUUAGGGGCCGGUCUUGGUUGCAUUCAUACUACUUACAUGCUAGAUUUUCCUAUGGAUUGUGUUCCACUAGAUAUGUGUGCUAAUGCACUGAUAGCAUCCACGUGGGACUUAGUAAGCAAAGAAAAACAAGGAAAAGAAACGUCAAUUUAUAAUUAUGGAACCUCUAAUUUGAAGCCGAUUACUUUCAAGAGAUUCUAUGACCUCGUCUUGGCUGAUAGCGAGUCGAGUCCACCCUCAAAAAAAGUAUGGGGUGUCUUCAACAUCAGAACUGAUAAAUUAUGGUUGUUCCACAUUCUACACAUUCUGUUUCACAUUAUUCCAGCUUUUGUAGCUUAUACAGUUACAUGCUUACGAGGAGGAAUGGAUUGUAAGAAGUGUUGUCGUAAAUCAGGAAAGAAGCAGCCAACGCUCUGUCGAUUGAUCAGGCAAUUCAAAUCGGUGAUCUAUUAUUGCAACGGUGGGUGGAGAGUUCACGUAAAUCAAAUGCAAACUGUUUGGGACAAAAUGAAUUCCUCUGAUAAGCAACUUUUUUUCUGCGACAUAAGAGACUUUGAUUGGAGAGACUACAUUGACUCUUAUUGGAGUGGAUUGAGACUUUAUCUAUUAAAUGAUCCAAUUGAGACUAUUCAGGAAGCGAAGAAAAAAACUCAAAAACUAAAUAUGACCCAUCGAAUUUUGACGACUGUGAUUGUACUGGUUUUCAUUUAUUGGAUUAUAUCGUGUCGAUGUCCUCUUAAAUUGUUUUCAUAAAAUUUGUACGCACUCAUUUUUGCAAAGAUAUAGAAUAAAAAGCAGAAUUUCGUUUAAACAAA